GGGUCAGGGCUACAGCAGACCCUGAAGCCUACGCAACGCCCCCACCCAAAGUGAGCAGAGGCUGCAAAAGAAAGGCAGAAACAGGACAAAGAGAGAAGGAAAAGGAGGGGCAGCCUGGCCGGCUGCUGUCCCCCCGCAGAGCCAGCUCAGAUUCAGUUCCAGGAGCAACUCAGCUACAGAAGCAACGGCAGGACCUCUCCUCCAGUGAAGAGCAGCAGGCAGACACGCAGACCGAGGGCCUGGGACUGGAAGUCCUCAGCCCCCAGCCGCUCGGCCAGGCCUGGCCCCAUGGCCUUCAAUGACCUCCUGCUGCAGCUGGGGGGCGUCGGCCGCUUCCAGCAGAUCCAGGUGGCUCUGGUGGUCCUGCCCCUGUUCCUGUUGGCUUCCCACAACACCCUGCAGAACUUCACCGCUGCCAUCCCCAGCCACCACUGCCGCCCACCUGCUCACAGCAACCUCAGCGAAGAUGGGGGGCUGGCGGCCUGGCUGCCGCAGGACAGGCAGGGGCAGCCCGCAUCCUGCCUCCGCUUCACCUCCCCACAGCGGGGACCACCCUUGCCCAAUGGCACAGAGACCAACGGCACGGGGGCCACCGAGCCCUGCAGCGACGGCUGGAUCUACGACAACAGCACGUUCCCUUCCACCAUCGUGACAGAGUGGGACCUCGUGUGCUCUUACAGGGCCUUACGGCAGCUGGCUCAGUCCUUGUACAUGGUGGGGGUGCUUCUCGGAGCCAUGAUAUUCGGGUACCUGGCAGACAGGCUGGGCCGCCGGAAGGUGCUGAUCUUGAACUACCUGCAGACGGCUGUGUCGGGGACCUGCGCGGCCUUCGCUCCCAACUUCCCCGCCUACUGUGCCUUCCGGCUCCUCUCGGGCAUGUCGCUGGCUGGCAUCGCCCUCAACUGCGUGACACUGAAUGUGGAAUGGAUGCCCAUCCACACACGGGCCUAUGUGGGCACCCUAAUCGGCUAUGUCUACAGCCUGGGCCAGUUUUUCCUAGCUGGUGUGGCCUACGCUGUGCCCCACUGGCGCCACCUGCAGCUGCUGGUCUCCAUGCCCUUUUUUGCCUUCUUCAUCUACUCCUGGUUCUUCAUCGAAUCGGCCCGCUGGUACUCCUCUUCUGGGAGACUAGACCUCACCCUGAGGGCCCUGCAGAGAGUGGCCUGGAUCAAUGGGAAGCGAGAAGAGGGGGCCAAGCUAAGUAUGGAGGUGCUCCGGGCCAGUCUACAGAAGGAGCUGACCAUGGCCAAGGGCCAGGCCUCGGCCUUGGAGCUGCUGCGCUGUCCCGCCCUUCGCCGCCUCUUCCUCUGCCUCUCCAUGCUGUGGUUUGCUACUAGCUUUGCUUACUAUGGGCUGGUCAUGGACCUGCAGGGCUUUGGGGUCAGCAUCUACCUAAUCCAGGUGAUCUUUGGUGCUGUGGACCUGCCUGCCAAACUUGUGUGCUUCCUUGUCAUCAACAAUAUGGGCCGCCGGCCCGCCCAGAUGGUCUCACUGCUGCUGGCAGGCAUCUGCAUCCUGAUCAAUGGAGUGAUACCCCGGGAUCAGUCCAUUGUCCGAACCUCCCUUGCUGUGCUGGGGAAGGGCUGCCUGGCUUCCUCCUUCAACUGUAUCUUCCUGUACACUGGGGAGCUGUACCCCACAAUGAUCCGGCAAACAGGCUUGGGAAUGGGCAGCACUCUGGCCCGAGUGGGCAGCAUUGUGAGCCCACUGGUGAGCAUGACGGCGGAGAUCUACCCCUCCGUGCCUCUCUUUAUCUACGGCGCUGUCCCCGUGGCUGCCAGCUGUGUCGUGGCCCUCUUGCCGGAGACACUGGACCAGCCACUGCCAGAUACCGUGCAGGACGUGGAAGACAGGAGGAGAGGGAAGAGGAGGCAGCAGCAACGAGAGCAGCAGCAGCAGAUGGUCCCGCUGCAGGUCCCAACACAAGAGAAGAACGGACUCUGAGCACUGAAACGGAGCCUUGCAAAGCCCUAAAGGAAGUGAGGGCCCUGCAGGUCCUGGACCACUCACAUGAGAAUGGGGAGGGGGAAUAUGGCCCAAAGGCUGGGGCUGUGGUUCAGGGAAGCACCGCCUCAGGGGUCCCCCUCUCCGAAUAGAUACUACGAAAACUGCAUCAUUAAAAGGCUUGUCUGUGUAUAGCA